AUGGCGGCACGAAUUGCCGUGAUCUGGCUCCAUGGCCUUGGUGAUCGUGGAAGCAGCUGGAGCAAUUUGAGGGGAGAGGUGAACAUCGGAGCUCCCAUCGAGUGGCGCUUCCCCGAUGCCCCGAUUGCGCCUGUCACGUGCAAUGGUGGUUACCGAAUGACAUCUUGGUUCGACAUUGAGGAAAUUCCUGUCAUGCCGGACGCCAAAGAUUACCCCGAUGACAUUAAGUCCUCUGUGGGGAUCAUACACAACAUGAUCGGAGAUCUGGAGAAAGCUGGUUUUGAUUCCAAGAACAUCAUAAUUGGAGGGUUCUCACAAGGAGGGGCGUUGUCGAUCCAGUCUGUCUUGAGGUACCCGAAGCGCCUGGGAGGUGCGAUCUGUUUCAGCGGUUGGCUGAUGGAGCGCAAUGGGCUUUCGAGCUGGACCCAGGAGGCGAACAAAGAGACUCCGAUCUUCUGGGGGCACGGAGCAGACGAUAUGACAGUCCACUUCUCGAAUCAGGAGAUUGGAGUGAAAGCGCUGCAGGAGCAUGGGCUCAAGGUAGUUGCGAAAUCUUAUGACGACUUGCCGCAUUCUACAUGCCAGCAAGAGCAGAGGGACAUGGCAAAGUUCGUUGCAGACAUAGUGAACGCGUCAUAGAAGCGCAUGCAAAUGUUUCAACUUGCCUUGCAAUACAAUUGCAAACAGAUCGUUUUUUCGUCGAGUUGAU